CAAUUCGGCACUCAAGUUCCCGGCGAACUGCUUUAGAAGUGACACCUUAACUGGAGUCCCGCUGCAGAAAGUAAAAUGGCUUUGUGCAGUGUUGGCCGUCCUUUACUCCAGAACACACAACGUGCUUCGGGAUGUUUUUUUAAGCGCAAGCAGACAUUUUGCUGUAAAGCCAAUGUCGCCCAAGAGGAGGAGGUUCGGUUGAAGCUGCGGUUGUUUCCGGGAGGAUCCAUAGAUCUUCAGAAACAAGAGUCAGGCAUUGCAUUGAUGACGGUCAAUAAUCCAUCACGAAUGAAUGCCUUCUCAGGCAGCAUGAUGAUUGAACUGGAAGAACGGGUGUGUGAGCUAGAGAGCUGGACAGAAGGAAAAGGUCUCAUUGUGCAAGGGGCUGCUGGAACAUUCUGCUCUGGGUCCGAUCUGAAUGCAGUCAGAGCAAUAUCAAACCCACAGGAUGGCAUGAAGAUGUGUAUGUUCAUGCAGAACACACUUACACGACUCCUCAGGUUGCCCCUUAUCUCUGUGGCUCUGGUUGAAGGAAAAGCACUGGGUGGAGGUGCAGAACUUGCUACUGCCUGUGACUUCAGGUUGCUGACAUCUGAUGCCGUGAUCCAGUUUGUCCAUAAACACAUGGGCUUGGUGCCUGGAUGGGGUGGAGCUGCGAGGCUGGUCAGAAUCGUUGGCAGCCAGAAUGCCUUAAAAUUGCUCGCUGGUGCGAAGAAAGUUGAUCCAGACUUUGGACAGCAGAUUGGAUUAGUUGAUGGUGUGUUGACUGUCGGUGAAGGAAACUCUCUGGUGGAAACAGAGCGAUGGCUGAGCCAGUUUACAAAGGGCUCAGCUCCUGUAAUCAGGGCUGUGAAGAAGGUGGUGUUAUCUGGCAGAGAGCUCUCUCUGGAUGAAGCUCUCACAACUGAAAGACAUGUUUUUGGGACCGUUUGGGGAGGACCAGCCAAUCUCGAGGCUCUGGCACUUAAAACAAAACACAAGUGAGAGAAAUGUGGUUAGGAAAAUCGACAUCUUGAACAUAAAAACUAAAGCCUGCACCUUGGAUAAAGAAAAGAACCAGUGACUUUGAGAAAACAAAAAUCUAGCACCAUAAUUAUAGAGAUAUGAACCGUUAACAGUAACAUGUAAAGGAUAUAUAUACAUCAGCAGGUCUGAAAUUGGCUCAGACAUGUACUAAUUGUCUGCUAUGUUAUCUGAUUUCAACUAUGAUUAUUCCAAUCAAUGUAGUUAUGAUUUUACCAGGUGACACAACUGUUUAGGAAAUUUAGGAAUGUUUACAGUGGUUAUAACAUUACAUGUCUGAAAUGUUUUUAAAAUAAAGCUGUGUAAGAAAGUGUUUCCUAAUGCAUCAAAAAACAAAACGAUACCAAACUCCUUUUGUGCAAAUGUAUGGUUGUAAUAAUUGAAUGGAGUAAACCUCUUAAUGUGUUACAAUAAUGCAAAUAAAGUUUGGAGAUGUAAAUGUUGA